AUGGAAGAAAAUGGAACUAGAGCAAGAAGUUUUCGAUUUGAAGACUCCAGAACCAGAAGGGUUUUCCUAAGGAGUUAUCCACUUCACUGGGGAGAUGAAUCUGAAGUUGAAGCAAGCAAACAAGCAUCUGAAGAAAACAGCAAAGAGGCUAUGAAGGUGGUUAGCAGAAAAAAUGGAAAGACACCCAUUGAGAAGUUAAUCCUUGCAGUUUUCCAGUGGGGAGAACAAAGGGUUUUUGUCUUCAGAAGGUUAAAGAAUAAGAUCACAAUUUAUGUGCUUAAUUGUGCUCCUGUCAAAUUCAAAGUUCCUAAGGACCUUCUUUCACUUUAA